GUUUUGCGAAAUGCGAACACAAACCUCUGUCCCGGGUAACAGCCCAACCCGCCGGCCCAGCUGGUUUUGGCGGUCUUUUGCACACAAGAGCGUGGUGGACUGGAGACAAUAGCGCUGAAGUUCUUCGGGAAAAGGUCGAGUCGAUUCCUUUGGAAAGCCUGUGAGCAGUAAGUCAGUUCUCUUAUGGGCUGAUGAAAAAUUUAGAAGAUCGCCAGAUUAGGGUUUGCUUGGUUUGACAUUUGACUUAGCAGGAAAUGGGUCGUCAUUUGUCCGAUCAUUCGGUAUCCCCAGACAGAGUCAGAGGUCGGAGGAGCUCCCCACCUGCUGAAAGGGCAGCAGCACGACACAGAAGUUCCCGUAGAGAUAUUUCGCCUUCACCAGUAGCCCGGCAAAAGAACUCACGGCGGGAUGCCUCUCCAUCGCCAAAAGACAGAAGACGUGCUAAUAGUAAGUCCCCUAAUGGUGAAAGGUCUGCUUCUCUUUCCCCACGUUCUAAGAGACUAAGGCGAGUGCAAGCGGAGAGAGAGGCGGAUAAACUGGGUGAUAGUAGAGACCAUGGAAGGAAUCGUGGCAGGGAAAGGGAUAGGGUUACCCAUAAGGACAGGGAGGGUCCUGAAAGAGAGCGUGAAAGAACUCAUGGUAAAGGAGGAGCGCAUAGGGAAAGGGAGGCUCACAAGGUGAUUGACAGGGAAAAUGACAAGGGCCAUGGGAGUGGAGGUGAUAAGGCUGCCUAUAAAGCAAGAGGUACAGAAGAUAGGGAAAAUAGUGGGGAGAGGAAGCAUAGUAGAGAUGAAAUGGACAGAAAAUUAUCUAGUGAUAGACAUGAGCGUUCUCUUUCUCCAACUGAUCGGCACCACAAGAGAAGCUUUGGGUCUCAGUCACCUCGAAGAGCUGCUCAGAAAACAGAACGCGACGAGGUCACCAACUAUGGAGGAGCGGAUAGAAGAAAUUACGAGGAUGAUUCUGUAGCUAAGAUGAAAGAGGCUGAAGAGGCCUUGGAAGCGAGCCAAAAACAAAAACCAUCAUUUGAGCUGUCUGGGAAACUUGCUGCGGAAACUAAUAGGGUUCGAGGUGUUACUCUACUGUUUAAUGAGCCUCCAGAGGCCCGGAAACCCAACAUAAGAUGGAGGCUUUAUGUUUUUAAGGGUGGUGAAGUGCUGAAUGAACCUCUCUAUAUACACAGGCAAAGUUGUUAUCUUUUUGGUAGAGAGAGAAGGGUGGCAGAUGUCCCUACGGACCACCCAUCCUGCAGCAAGCAACAUGCUGUCAUUCAAUUCCGUUUAGUGUCUUCUGCUUAUGCUGACUUCUUUGUUCUCUGUAUGGAUGAUAGCCCUUACUUGAUGGACCUUGGAAGCACUAACAAGACUUUCAUUAAUGAGAAACCCAUUGAGCCCGAGCGUUACUAUGAGCUUUUCGAAAAAGACACAAUUAAGUUUGGUAAUAGUAGCCGAGAAUAUGUGUUAUUGCACGAGAACUCGUCAGAGGUAUCACCAAGUCCCUGAGGACGUUUCUUUGAUAUCAGCAAGCGACGGAGUAUAUUUUGCGUCUGUUCUUUUGCGAAAUCGAGGAGAACAUAGUCUUAAAAAUCUGUAUAUCCUUUGGGGAUGGAGAGAGCAGAUGUCGGAUGUUCACAAUCUUGCAAGAAUCUGCAAGCUUUGCUACCGAUUUCAGUGGUAUACUUUGAAGUCGGUAUUUAGAAGUGCUUUGUGCAAUUCCGGAUAGCUUCUUUUGCUGGGAAGCCUCGUGUUUGGUAUAUGCAGAUUAAGUCUUCUAGAGUAGUGCCGCGAGUGAUUUGUGGAACAAGGAUUCGAACUCGUUUGGGACAAGCGGAAUUUGUU